GAGCAGGCGAUGGAACAGAUCUAUGGCCCGUACACACGGAACCCGGUAUAUUAGCAGCCGCCGGAGGAUCCCGGGACAGGAGGGCACCGCGGUCGGUACCUCUGGACCGAUGCGUUUGGCGUUAUCAAUUUCAUCACUCUGUCUCGCUUAAAAGAAGGCUGUAAUUCUCGGAAACUCUACCUCGGAAUGGCCAAGGGACUUGUAGAUACGGUGCAUUCCGUCCUCAGCCACACUCGAGAUGGCUGUUUACGGCUCCCUGGCGCAACUAGUAAGGAGCCACUGAAAGGAGGUCUCCGCGCCGGGAUGCCAGAUAACAUGGACCGUGAUAUUGAUGGCCAGUACCACCACUGUCUAACUCUCUGGAUGUUCGCCUUGAAUCGGCUAUCUCUAGCGACCGACGAGCCGCAUUAGAACGCGCUUGCCAUCC